UUCCCCUACACACAUACACAUACACACACACUCAUUCCCUGGGUCCUUUCUUCACUCAUGCUGGAGCACGAUGGCUGUCUGGACACUUCAAAGCCUCCUUCUCUGGGAAGUGUUGCUCCCAGUUGUCUGGGCCCAGGUGCAGGGGCUCGUGGGGGGCUCUGCAUUGCUGGAGGCAGAGGUGUCCCCAGGUUUCCGAGUCCGUGACGCCAUCUGGAGGUCUCUGUGGCCCUCAGAAAAGCUUGUGGCCACAUUCUUCCGUGGGGCACCAGAGAUCCUGUAUGAUUCGCGAUUCCUGGGCAGGACCCAGCUGCAUAGCAACCUCAGCCUGGAGAUCCAGCCUCUGGAGCAAGGGGACAGUGGCAACUUCUCACUGCUGCUGGUGGACACCAGGGGCCGGACUGAAAGUCACACCCUGCAACUCACAGUGUAUGAAGCGGUUUCCAGACCCACAGUGCAAGUUUUCAUUGCUAUAACGGAUGGUACCCAGCCACCCAGGACCUGCCAAGUCUUCCUGUCCUGUGUGGUUCCCAAUAGCAGCGAGGUGACCUACAGCUGGCAGCGAGAGGGUGCAGCUGAGCUUAGGGACCCCCAACAGGGUCUUUUCAUUGAUAGUCAAGUGCUGAGGAUCUCCCUGGGGCCAGGGGAUGAGGAAACCAUCUACUCUUGCAUUGUGUCCAACCCUGUCAGCUGGGAUUCCGUGGCCGUCACCCCCUGGGAAAGUUGCUUCCAGAAUACUGGGUCAGGGGAUAAAUCCUACAAAGAUAUCCUGCUAGUGGCAGUGCCCAUCUCUCUGCUCUUGCUGUUGGCUGGCAUCCUCUCCACAUGGCACUGUGUCUUCGGCUCAGGGAAAAAGAGAAGAAACAAUUCUCCCAACAGUACGACCACAGGGACAGAGAUACCUCUGGUAUAGUUCAGCUGCCAAGAAUCCUCGGGACACCCUUGGAGUACUCACUUAGCCCAUGGUGACUUGGGGAAUGGCCUGGCAAUUCUAAACCACUCCUAGUGUCUUCACCUCUCAAGAAACUCUUUCGGUCCCUGGGAUACUGGUAGUGGGCAACUCAACCUAGAGCCUCUGGACUCCAUGACAUAGACCAACGGAACAGAUUCUCAAGGGAGCAAGGUGUUGGCUCAUCCUUCCAAGUGGCACAAUACCACCAAUACUUUCCUCCCUGGCACUAUGAGGAGGAAUUUCAGAGGGAAGUUCCUAGAAGAACCAGAAGGUUUUGUAGAAAUAGUUACAGAAUGUGUGGCCAUAGGAACCAAGGACCAUAUAGACACAUACUGUCUGGAACAUUACUCCCAUGGCCACUGUUCAUUAUGGCAUUGACCACCUGGGCACCACCAAAGCUGACACCAACUAUCCAAGGUAUUGUGUGCCUGGCACACAAAGGAUGCUUAAUAAAUUCGUGUUGAUUGAUUGAUUGUGCACAGAACCCCGAUGCCCUAGAAAACAUUAGACAGAGUCUCCAAAAACAAGUCUGUGGAGCCAAUAUGCAUUUGAAUAAAAAGAGAAACUGUA